AUGCGAUUGGCCCAGCACAAACGUUAUUUACAGCGCCACGCAUUUCAGGGCGGUAGUUCCACUAUUUCUCGGCAUUCUUUUCACAGCGAGCUUGAAGACCGCUUUGAUAAGAUGAUUACCAUUCUGCAAUGUUUGGCACUGUUACUUUGGGGAAUACACUGUCUAGCAGCCGAACCGCCAAAAGACACCAGUCUCACUGGUACUUGGAGUAGUGGAACUGGUUCCGUCUUAACCGGCGAAGGAUUUUUCCGUAUUAACAACACAUUUUCUGUGCCAAAAAACACCGGCAUUUCGUACAGCUUUGUCGAAAAAAAUGACACGACUGGCUUUUGGGAGCAGGCAAUUUAUCAAUACACUCGUGGUGAUGAUCCGGACUGUUUUACGGUCCACCUCAUUUGGCAGCAUGGAAACUAUACGAUUCACCGUAAUAAUUCCAUGACCCUCACGCCCUUCAAGACCGAUGGCCUUCAGCAAUAUACGGAUACCUGUAAACAUGAAGAGGACAAAAUUGAUUUCUACUCGCAACCAGAGUUUAUGAAAAGCUUUGAAAUCACAACGUAUAAACACUAUGCUCUUGGUGCCGACCCGCAAUGGUCGUAUAAGCUCCAGCUGUAUGAGUUCGAUGGCAAUCCCAAGCCGCCAAUGUAUCUUCAUUAUCGCCCUCCGCUAAUGUACCCGACGCAACCUAUGCACAAGAUGAUGUGGGGUCUCAUGGGCUGA